GUGAUGUCACAAGAGGUGGCAGGGAUGGAAGGUUCUGGAAGGUUGAAUGAGGUAGAAGGCUGUUGGAGAGGAAUACGGACCACCUCCCUGCUUCUCGUCACCACAACCAUUCUGGCUGGACCCAGACAGUGACGAGGGCUGGCAAGGGGCAGCCCAUGUCCAGAUUUCCAGGAGGGGCAACCUGUUUAUCAUCUUUGCAGAAGAAGAAAACACUUUGACUGCCCAGAUGUUUCAGCGACCAAAGACAUGUUGUGAUGGCCAGGACUCAUGACAAGUGGCAGUGCUGUGAAGAAUGGCCUCUCUGGACCUGGAAGGGCUAAACUCCCAAUGGCUCAUGAAGAGGAAACUGUAGACCCUGAAUUGGACAUGAGUGAAACCAAAGUUACUCCUGGGCUGUGGACCAUUCAUCAAGACGGAGAAGUCCUGCUGAGGCUAUCAAAACAUGGGGCAGGCCAUGAGACCCCAAUGACCAUCCCUGCAUUUUUUCGGGAGUCAGUCAGCCGAUUUGGGGCCUACCCGGCCCUCGCAACGAAGAACAGUGAACGGUGGGAAACUCUGAAUUUCAACCAGUAUUACGAGGCCUGUCGGAAGGCGGCGAGAGCCUUGAUCAAGCUGGGCCUGCAGCGUUUCCAUGGAGUUGGCAUCCUGGGGUUUAACUCCGUUGAGUGGUUUAUCGCUUCUCUUGGUGCCAUCUUAGCAGGGGGCCUUUGUGUUGGUAUUUAUUCUACCAACUCUGCAGACGCCUGUCAAUACGUCAUUACUCAUGCCAAAGUGAACAUCCUGCUGGUUGAGAAUGACCUACAGCUACAGAAAAUCCUUUCGAUUCCGCAGGGCAGGAUGGAGACCCUAAAAGCGAUCAUCCAGUACAAGCUGCCAAUGAAGGAGAGCAGAGAAAACCUGUACUCUUGGAAUGAUUUCAUGGAGCUUGGCCACAGCAUCCCCGAUUCCCAGCUGGACCAGAUCAUGGAAAGCCAGAGGCCCAAUCAGUGUGCAGUGAUCAUUUAUACUUCUGGGACCUUAGGCAUCCCCAAGGGAGUGAUGCUUAGCCACGACAACAUCACGUGGACGGCCGGAGCAGCAGCAAAGAACUGUGGCCUGUCUACUGCUGCACAAAAGCAGGAGGUGGUGGUCAGCUACCUCCCCCUCAGCCACAUUGCGGCUCAGAUGAUGGACAUCUGGGUCACCAUGAAGAUCGGGGCCUCCACCUACUUUGCUCAGCCAGACGCUCUCAAGGGCACCUUGAUCAAUACUCUGCAGGAGGUAAAGCCUACUGCCUUCCUGGGGGUGCCCCGAAUCUGGGAGAAGAUGCAGGAGAGAAUAAAGGAAACUGGCGCCAAAUUCUCAAGCCUGAGGAAGAAGGUGUUUUCAUGGGGAAGAGUUAUUGGCUUCAAGAUCCAUACAAAAGGGAUGUUGGGUCACAGGACACAUGAUACUCCCAUAAGCUACCGCGUGUCGAAGGCCCUCGUGUUCAGCAAAGUCAAGAGCGCCCUUGGCCUUGAUCGCUGCCACUCUUUUAUCAGCGGAGCCGCACCCCUCAACCAACAGACCGCUGAGUUCUUCCUAAGCCUGGACAUACCCAUAGGCGAGAUGUACGGUAUGAGUGAGAGCUCAGGGCCCCACACCGCAUCCAGCCGGGAGAGCUACAGGAUUCAAAGCUGUGGCAAAGUCAUGGAUGGAUGUAAGAACAUGCUGUACCAGAAGAACAAGGACAGCAUAGGGGAGAUCUGCAUCUGGGGCCGGCACGUCUUCAUGGGCUAUCUGGAUAUGGAAGAUAGGACCAUGGAGAUCAUUGACGACGAAGGCUGGUUACACACCGGGGACCUGGGCUACACAGACAACCAGGGCUUCCUCUACAUCACUGGCUUUGUUCCAGAAAUCCUCAUCACAGCCGGCGGUGAGAACGUGGCCCCUAUUCCCAUUGAGAACAUGGUUAAAGAGAAGAUUCCCAUAAUCAGUCAUGCCAUGUUAGUGGGAGAGAAGGCAAACUUUCUGAGCAUCCUGCUGACACUGAAGUGUAAGAUGGACGGGAUAACUGGAGAGCCACUGGACGAGCUAAGCUCGGAGGCCAUCAACUUCUGCCGGCAACUGGGAAGCCACGUGUCCACUGUCUCUGAGAUUUUGGAGCUGCAGGACCCCCUGGUCUACAAGGCCAUCCAGGAGGGCAUAGAUGCUGUGAAUGAGGAAGCCAUCUCCAAUGCACAGAGGAUCCAGAAGUGGGCCAUCCUGGAAAAGGACUUCUCUGUCCCCAGUGGAGAGUUGGGUCCGACGACAAAGGUUAGGAGACAUUUUGUGGCCCAGAAAUACAAAAGGCUAAUUGAAAGCUUCUACUACUGACCUCUCUGGCGGAGCAGCUCUCAGCUGUCCCAACGGGUCAUGGCGAGCCGUGCACACUCCUUCUUGGCUGGCUGCCAAGGCUGUUAGCUGUUCCUCCUGCCUUUUCUACUCGUCUCGGAGAAGGAGCGAAGCAAUCUUCCCAUCCAGGACCAGGUUUUGCUGUUAAAAUGCUCAAAUGUUUCGUAGCUCA